CGUCAAGGCAUGACUAUAUAAAGUAUGUACAACAAGAAAUAAAGCAUGAUGAUAUGACUCUGGACAGCUUUUGGUAGCCCUCUGUAAUGGUUACGCCUUUUAUUUACUAUUUACGCAGAGCCCAGUGUGUGUGUGUGUGAGUGAGAGAGAGAGUUAAUCGGCGCAGAGAAAUAAUCAAAAGGGCACGUGGUCUCGGGCAUUCUUAACCACCAAUGGCUCUCUCUCCAUGCCUUCCCUUUGGGAAUAUGCCAUGUUGCGCAGGGGGGGGGGGGGGGGGCGGUCGUCCGUCGUCGAAAUCGCCUCGAGGCCCGCCCGCAAAUCAACUUCGGGGUGGGGGUGGUGGUAAUGAGCAAACCUGCACGACGACCUGCUGCUUCCUUUCACCUUGGGCGGCGCGCGCGCCGGCUAAAGACAAAAAAAAAGCAUUGCACCCCGGAGAGUUACAAGAGGGGGCGGUCCGUCCCUCCAAAAGAAACAAAACAAAAUCUUCUUUUUCUCCAGCAGGACGCACUUAUGUACAGGUGUUGUCAUUGAAGCAUGAUUCGGCCAACCAGGACGUCCGGGAUAUAUCAAACAGGGUGUUUGGGAAACUAGUGUACUCGCGUAGUCACCAGCCCGUCCCACCCACCCGCCAUAGCCUAUGUGAUACAGGAGGGGGAUGUGGGAGAAAGCAAAAAACAAAAAAACAAAAAAAAAGGUUCAAAAUUAUCUGUAUGUCAAUGGAACCCGGAGGAUGUUUUGCCCUGCUAAGGCGAAAACAAGAAAGAAAAAAAAGACGGAUGCUGCCCAUGGCCCCCCUCGGGUUUCAUUGAAGAAAAGUCAUUAAUCAUGAUGAACCAGCCUACUAUCACUCAAGCAGGGGGUUCAAUCAUAGAGUUUAUUACAGAAGCGAGGGGCCGUCGCCUAUCGUGUCGUGUAUGGCUUGUGUGGGCAAGAAAAAAAGAGUUAAGCACCACGACCAGGGAGGGGAGAGAUCAGGGCAAAAACUGUGGUGGAUGACAUGCAUGACUAGUACGUGCCUUGUUGGUUUUGGCUGGGGAUGCAAAAAAGGCUAAAAAGUCCAGUGUCAGUUAACGGUUGGGGGGAACCACCCAAGGGUCGGUAAAGUCCUCGGUUUAUCACGACAAGUAGAAGUCUGAGGCGA